UUAGUUAAGAAAACAGUAACAGUGUUACAUACCCAAACAUGAAGGUGGCUUUAUUUAUAUUAUUUUUUUGUGCUUCGUAUAUAUCUGUCUAUUCGUGGACAGCAAUUAUUCCGCAUAAAAAAGGCCAAUCAGAUCAUGGAGGACAUUGCUAUACUGAUUCUUACAAAAUUGGGGCACUAAAAAAAUUUGAAGAAAAGAGAAUACAAGGUUUAUGUGCCAAUGCAGAAUGUUUAGAAAGUAAAGAUAUAAGUAUAUUGGGAUGUGGCGUGUAUACCGUAGAACCUCCUUGUUAUGUUGUGCCCGGAAAUUUGUCAAAACCGUAUCCAGAGUGUUGUUUUGAAGUUAAAUGUCCAGAGAAUAUAAAGCAGGAAGAAAAUCGACUAAAUUCAUUAUAAUCGUUGUUAAAUAACAUCAUAAGAAAACUGUUUAUUUUUGUGAAAUUUCUUUGCUAAAUAUAUUACCAAUGAAUACUAAAGGAUA